GCAUGGACAGUCUGGACGGAUGGGUCGCCGGUAAACGCGACGCCUUCGACGACAGCGAGAGCCACAAACUCAGAUUCAUCGUGGAGUGGAACGAGACCCAGACGAAGUUCGCGGUGACGUGUCAUAACCGGACGCUGCAGCGACGUGGCGACGCGAGCGGCAGCUGCGCGGGUCUGUUCUCCGGCGCGCAGCUGAGCGAUGCUGACGCGGCCUGCAGGCAGCUGGAGCGCUACUUCGGCGCCGCGGUGGACGCGUGCGGCCGCAAGAUCGUGCUGGACGCGCUCUUCAGCGUCACUGCGGCGGACGAACGCGAGUACUUCGAAAACCUGCAGGAGUUUAAAUGCAAAGCGAUGCGCGAUGAGAUGACGCGCGCCAAAGACACGCUGCGCGCGCAGCUGCAGACUCAUCCCAGCGCUGACGGGCUCCAGCGGCUGAUGAAGAUCUAUGAGGAGGAAGAUGAGGCUUACAGGGCAUUAGUGAGUGUGGCAACGCAGUUCUACCAGAACCUUCUGCAGCCUUUCAGAGACAUGCGAGAGAACGCACGCUCUACAAGACGGAGAUGCUGAAAUGUCUGCAGUAUGAGGAGCUGAGGCCGAAGCGUGUGAGUGAACUGUAGGCAGAGAUGAAUGACUGGAUUCAGCGCGGAGAAAAAGCUGUUCCGUGGGCUGUCUCCUGAGCUGCAGGAUGUUCAGGUGGAUGUAAGUCCCGCCCACUCACACCUGCCUGAAACAACUGGAGAGCAAAAGAGGA